GAAAAUUUACUUGAAAAGAAAUUCUCAGAAUUUCAAACCGCCCAAAAUCCGAAACAUAAAAACGUCGAUAUUUUGCAAAAAUACACAAAUUGCGCACAAAGAGUUUCAACUGAUUUAAAAAAUCAACUGAUUUUUACAAUUUUAUAAAAUUAUUGGAAAAUGGGAGCAACAUAUUCGUUUAUGGAAUCUGAAAAAUCAACUUGGCUCAAUCAUUCAAUCAAAUAUGACAACAGUGUAAGACAAGCAAAUUUAAAUAAUUUGGAUUAUAUAAAAAAUGAUGUUGAAAUAUUCAUGGCAUACACAUCUAGCCGUUGGGGUAAUGUAGAUUAUCAGCAUUGGUUUGUAACCAAUGGAACUUAUUUUAUUGAGUUUGGAUCUUCCUCUCUAGACAUAUAUAAUGCUAGAGUUACAAUAAAUACUAGUGUGCGUAACUAUACAAAAAAUAACUCAACUCUAAUGAAUGAGCAAAUUCGUGAAAGAAUAGGUCACGUGUUAGGCAUGUGUAACUAUUCAUUGGCUCUUAGAAAUUGUGAGCAUGUAGCAAAUUACAUAUUAAGAAACAGAUGGAUUAGCGUUCAAAUGGACGAAAAUCAGGGCUUGUUAUUUGAUAUUUUCAAAGAUUACCUCUUGAGUGAGCAUAAAAAGUUAGUUAACACAUUUCCUUCAAGUAUAAGACCGCAUGUAUUUAAUGAAUACGAAAAAAGAAUAAUUUACUCAUUUUUAACUGAUCACUUUAAAGCUACAAGAUUUGAUUAUUAUCUUGACAGUGCUGAAGAUACUUACAAUAUACUUGUGGUAGGACCUACAGGAGCGGGGAAGUCGCAUCUGAUAAACGUUUUCUUUAAUCAACCUAUAUGCGAUUCAGAUGUUAACUUAAGAAGUGUAACACGAGAAAUAUAUUUUGUAAGAGGGCGUGGUGAGGUUUAUGAUAGACAAUCUAAACAAUUUGUAACAAAAGAUGUUGUAGUUGCAGAUACUGUUGGCCUUUGCGAUACUGAGUGGAAUGAUUUGCAAAUCAUAAACAUGAUCAAAGGCAGAAUUAGUGCAAACUGCAGAUAUAUUGAUGCCGUUUUUAUAGUUUUUCGUGCCGAUCGUCUAAUAAAGCAGUAUGUUGAUAAUAUUAAAAAGAUUCUUGGAUGGCUAGACUAUUACAAGAAAAAAAACAUAAGAUUUUUGUUUGUUGGGACUCAUGCUGACUUUCUUUCACAAGAAAAAAAGGCAGAACUAAGCAAGCAAUUUAAGGAAAUUUUUUCUAUAGAAUCAGACACAGCAAGACAUUUUAAUGGGGAUGAAAGUAUUAAAUUUGAUUCAUUGAUAUUUACAGGUUUUCCACCUGAGGAUGAAUUACAUCCAAAAACAAAAGAAAGAGUUAUCGAAAGCCUUGACAGACUUACACUAAUCCGUAAAUUGCCUGGAGCUGGUGAAAGAAUAAAAAUACCACAGAGUUUAUGCACAAUUUUAUGAUCUGCAAUCACUGUUUUAAUAAAUUUUAACUGAAAACAAAAAUGGACAAUAAAGAAUAAACAGCUAGUGAUUAGUCGCUUUUAUAAACAUUUUCAAGAUUCGAAUAAUGUAUGGAAUAAGAAUUUUUGAUCCGGUCGACAAAGUGUCUCAACGAGUAAAAAAUAACAACCCAGUAAGCAAAGGACAUUUUUAAAACGUUUAAAAAACUUAUUUAAACGGAUUUUAACAUUUUUUAAACGUUUGCUUACUUGGAAAACUUUUUUAGAAAGAGAUAAUAUAAAUGAUUUUCAAAAUUUUAAGAUUCAUAAAGUUUCUAAUUAACAAUAAAUUAAUUAAAUAAAGUAAAUUAAACUAACUAUUUUAUUGUAGUCAUAAAACCAUUUAAUAUAAAAAAAAAAAUUAAACAGAUUAGUGAAUUAAAAAGUUAUUGUAGCAUUUAGAACAAUAGUAAAUAAAAAUGAUUAAGAAAAAGUAGCUUAUGGAGGGCAUUCUGUUACUUCUCUUUUUUGUAAUGUUGAGAAUUUUUAUAUCCCUUUUCUUAUGCUGAAAGCUUUCAUCUCAUUUUUGUAAUGUUUAUAAACAAAAUUUUUUAAAUUUAAAGAUUAAAAAAUCA